AUGGUGUACCCUUCAGUUAAUAAAAUUAAUUUGUCAAAUUUAUUGAAAACCUUAGUACUUGGCUGGUGAAUUGUGGAGAUCACUGUUUUUCCACAGCGUGCUUGUUCAUUUAAUAGAUCAAUGAGUACUUCUGCAUUAAAACUAUCAAGACCAGAUGUAGGCUCAUCUAGAAUGAUGAUUGAUGGAUUCGAAAUAAUUUCAAUAGCAAUGCUAGUCCUUUUGCGCUCACCUCCUGAAAUCCCUUUACGCAUAACGCUACCUAUAAUAUUGUCAGCAACUUUUUCAAGUCUUAAAGCGGCUAUUACUGCAUCUACUUUUUCUGCGAUUUCUAGAUCAGUCCCUGGGAUCCUCAUUUUGGCAGAAAACAUGAUCGACUCUCUUACAGUCAUUGUCGGCCAUAAAAUUUCUAAGUUUUUAGUUGGGUUAUUGAGAAGCUCCCUGUGAUAUCUCCAAAGGGUACUUUUCUCCACACCUGCUUCGACUGCCUAAUGCCUGUCUAUUGGCUAUAAUCCUCCAGAAAUGGAUUCACACACCAAUUGGCGAAGAGGGCUGGACUGCUGUGCUGUGCUCCAGACCUGGUUUCCCUAUAAGAAAUUUCGAAAAAUCGAAUUAUCUCGAGUUGUCAGCCAGAAUGGAAUUUGUAGCCAGGCCCAACUCCUGGUAUCACAUUAGAAAAUUCGCCGAUUAGUUCAAAGUAUCAUACAGGCCUGAUCCAACGUUGCGCUUCACCAAGCCAAGAUAGUCUUUGCAGGACACACAUCACUGGACACCAUAUCCUUUCCACAAAGUCUUUGGGUUAAAGCAACAUGUGCUAAGAGGGUAGGCUGGUUCACCAAUCCAUUUUAAUGAAUAUGCCACAAAAUGUCCAUCUGAGUGAUAUAUGCAGCGAUUUUCUUGUAA